AACGCACCGUUGCGCCCGAUGUCCGGGUUCACCGCGGCCGCGGCCGUCGCGCUGACCGUGGCCGCGGUGGUCGUGUACGCGGGUGUCGCGAGGCGGGCCGACAGCGGCGCCGACGCCGUGCACAUCCUCAACGGCCGGAACGUCGAGUGGCCGUGCGCCGCUGCCGAGAACGUGCACGUGGCCGGCAACGUGAUCGGCACGCGGGCCCAGGUGUGGGGCGACCGGGCGUUCGUGCUGACGCCGCGGUUCCGGCCCGGCGUGCCGUUCACCGUGUCCGCGGUACGGUUGGGCUGCGGCGGCGCGGACAGGUGUUGGCCCGCGCUGGUGCCGUACCCGCGCUGGUCGACGCACGUCGAGGGCGACCCGGACGCCGUGCAGAACGCCGUCGACAUGCACCUGGACCCGACUGGCGUGCUGUGGCUGCUCGACUCCGGGCUGGUCAACACCAUGGAGCGGCCGGUGCGCCGAGCGCGGCCCAGGAUCUUCGCCGUGGACGUCAAGACGGACGAGGUGGUGAAACGGAUCGACCUGUCGGGUCUGGCGUGCCCGGCCAGCCGGCUCGGUUACAUCGCGGCCGACUACGGGGACGACGGGCGAGCUUUCGUGUACGUGUCGGACGCGGCCACCCGGGCGGUGAUCGUGUGGGACGUGGCGGCCGACUGCGGUUACCGGGCGGUGCUGCCCGAGGCCGUGGCCCGCGACCGCACAGGGCCCGGGGACGCGAUGUACGUGGCGCUGGCGCGACCGUCGACGGGCAAGAACGUGCUGUACCUGACGUACCUGACCAGCGACCGGAUGUACGCGAUCGACACGCGCCACUUGCGGCGGGAACGUCAGCGCGGCAACGUGACCGUAGUGGGCCGCAAGCCCGACAACGUGGUGCUGCUGGGCACGGACGGCCGGACCACGUUGUACUUCCGGUACGGCGGCCGGGGCGACGUGUACGCGUGGGACACGGACCGCGGCGGCUUCGGCCCCGACCGGUUCGCGCUGGUCCGGAAAUCCGACGGCCGCGGCCGGCUGGCCACGCAAGUGGCGCCAGGCCACCGGGGCGGCGUGCCGUGGCUGCUGGAGAGCAACUUUCCAGAUUACGUUUCCGGCACGGUCGGUUGCCUGGGCGCCGACGUCCGCUUGCAGCCCCUCGUCGAACAACGUCGGUGAACCAACGACACAUGAACCGCUGUUGGCCGCGCGCAAAUUGGAACCGCGCGUCGCGUUACGGUUUUCCUCUGGCUGUACGCACCCUUCGUCGAACGUUUCACGCUUUACCGCGCGUUGACAUUUAUCGGAACAACGUUAUGCUAUGUAACAAUUAUAAACAUACACGUAUAUUUAUAAUAAAUGCGCUAUUUCUGAAGACUGACGACGGGAGCGGGAUUUUCCAAAAAGCCGUUCGUACGGUGAAUUCGAAUCGGGACUCCGUGUUGUGCAGUCGAAUUCGAAAUGUAUAGUUAAAACGUACUAGUGAUGGGCGAUUCUUGAAGUUAAUCGAUCUUUUGAAUCUGUUUAAAUCUGAAUGAUUAGAUCGAUCAAAAAAAAAAAAAAAAAAAGACCAAUCCACUUUAAAUGCUGUUUUUAUUUUUAAAUCAAUACAUGACACUUCUUACUGAUUUGCUAGUGAUCUAGAUUAUAUGAAAAUAUGAAAUGUGUAGUAAUUUUUAGUGAUUCUUGUAAGCGAAUCGAUUUUAAUCAGAAUGAAUAGUUCGUGAUAAAAGCAAAUGGUAGUGUCAGCAUUAUGAAAAUAUCAGAAAUUGGAUCAACGAUGAUUCGAUUCCCAUACAAUGUCGUAUCAACGAUUUGAAUCGAUAUUUACAAAAAUGAUUAGAUCUCUUAAAACAGCGGUUUAAAUUAGAGGGACGCGCUCCCUUAGAGGCGUGUGAUUGAAUUUCAGGGGAGGCAUGAAAAUGUUUAAAAUGCAACGAAACAUGAAAACGUUAUUUUUUAUUACAAUAAAACCCCAUUAAGAUGCUCCCUCUUAAUACGUGCAUUUUUUCCGAUGCCUAGUACAUGUAGGUCUUUUAGCAUUGAAAAAACACGCUUAAAAGGCUCCCGCUUAAUACGCAACCCCGCAUAAUCCGCUCUAUUUUCUGGACACUCAGACCUUUUAUACAUUGAAAAAUACCCUAUUAAUACAUCGAUAAUAAACAAUCAAUAUCUUCAUUGAGACAGGCACUUAUUUCGAUUGAUAACUUCGAAAAUAUGCUUUUAUACUUGGGUUGGAUGGAAGCGUUAUUAUUAAAUUAUUAUAGAACAAACUCAUUGUAAUAACAAACUAUUACCACAUACAUAGUAUACCUAAUACAAAACCAU